AUGACGUCCUUUACAUCAUCCUCGCUUCAAAAACUCACCACCCAAUCGCCCAUCCUCUUGGUCCUCGUAAUUUCUCUUAUAUUCGGCUCCAUCUUUCAGCUCAUAUUUCGCCGCACCAAAAAACUCGACUUUCCCGUGGUGGGUAACGCCCGCGAUCUCGACUUUCGCAAUGCCAUGAAAGAGGGCGUGGCUAGAUACCCUGACUGCCCCUUUGUUAUACCCAGCAAUCCACCCACAAUUGUCCUCCCCAAAAUCUCCAUAAAUGACGUCAAGGGUUUUCCAGAGAGCAAGGCCUCUUUCAAUGAACACGUCAGCCGGGAAUUUCACCCUCAAGUCACUGGUCUCGGAGCAAGUGAUGUUUCGCGAGAGUUCGUUGCCAAAGAUUUGACGCGUUUCGUCGGUGCUGCUCUACAUGUCCUGCAAGAUGAAACCACCUACGCUUUCAACAAAGAACUCGGCUCAUGCGAGGAGUGGACGCCUUUCGUCCUGUAUAGUUUCACAGCCCGCGUUGUCGCAUUAUUGAGUGGCCGUGUCUUUGUUGGCUUGCCCCUAAGUCGAAAUGAGGAAUGGGUGAACACUAGCGUUGACUUCACCUCCUACGUUAUGAAGUUUCGUGAUGCCUCGCAGAAAUUGCCUCUAUUAUUACAGAAUCUAGUAUUGCCUUAUAUUCGAGAAACCCGACAGCUCAAGCAGCUACAGCAAAGAGCCGCCACCCUAUUGCGUCCCACCCUCGACAUUGAAAGAGAGCAUAAUGAUGGCGAGAAGACGUUGGGUCUGGAGAACUCUUCUUUAAAAUGGCUAAUUUCCCGCAUGGAUCCUCGCCAUCGAGACGACCCUCUCUCUAUCUCAAUGCUACAGUUGGAACUUUCAUUUGCUGCCAUUCACACAUCAAGCAUCACUCUGACGAAUGCAAUUUUCGAUCUUGCCGCUUACCCUGAGUACAUUCCCAUACUCCGCGAAGAAAUUCAAGCUGUCAUGAAGGAAGACGGUUACGAUCAAGCCAAUGACGGAACCUGCAAGCUACGAAAGCCUAGUAUUCCCCGACUUGCUAAGCUAGACUCCUUCCUCAAGGAAUCGCAACGUGUCAAUCCCCUAGCAAUCUCAAGCCACACUCGUAUCACCACAUCUGAUGUAAAACUGUCCACUGGCCAUGUAGUUCCAAAAAAUACCCGAAUAUCCAUACCCUCCUGGGUUAUCCAUAACGAGUCUGAGGCGCUCAGAUCUGUCGAACAUACGAAGCCGCUGAACGAAUUUGACGGACUUCGUUUCUAUAAUCUACGACACAUCCCUGGGAAUGAGAACCGACAUCUCUUCGUCAGUACGUCUCCCGAUAGUCUAUCCUUUGGUUACGGAAAUCACGCUUGUCCUGGUCGCUUCUUCGCCAGUAACGAGAUCAAAGUUAUUCUCAUAGAGGUUCUAACCCAUUGGGAUCUACGCUUGCCAAAUGACGCAAAGGUAGAGGGUGGAGCGUGGCGGAGGCCCAAGAAUUUCUACAAAGAAUACCUAUGUUUUCCAGAUAUAUCGGCUAAGAUCGAGAUGAGGAGGCGAAGACAAUCUUGA